AAAAAAUUACAAUAUUUCUAACUUAAUUUUCUUCAUGCAUAAUAAUGAAAGUUAUUUAUAAUUGGACAAAAAAUUAUAAUGUGAUAGAUAAGGUUAGACCUGACAAAUAACACGUUUUACAAUAAAUAACUAAUAUUUAUUUACAUAAUGAUAGUCAAUACUAAUUUAAAAUAUCAACUUAAAAAAUUGCUGUCAAUAACUAGAAAUUCAAAAUUUUUAACCGGCGCAAAUAAAAAAUUUAUUCAUAAGCAUUCAUAUUUUUAUACCAAAACACAAUCUAGUGAGAAUUCGCAAUUAAAAACAGAAAAACGACCAUGGAAUGUUUUAUUUUUUGGUACAGAUGAUUUUGCAUUGGAAAGUCUUCGGAAGCUGGAAAGCUCUUACAGGUCCAACAAACUAAUAAGCCGCUUGGAAAUUGUUUGUUCCUACAAGGGAGACGAAAAUGGAAUUAUUAAAUUUUCCAGAGAACAUAAAAUAAAAUUACAUUCAUGGCCUGUUAGUUUCUCGCUAUCAAAUUUUGAUAUUGGAGUUAUUGUUUCUUUUGGGCAUUUAAUUCCUGCGUGGAUAAUCAAUGCAUUUCCUCUAGGAAUGAUUAAUGUCCACGCAAGUCUACUGCCACGAUGGAGAGGUGCUGCUCCAAUAAUUUAUUCAUUGAUGAACGGCGAUACUCAAACUGGAGUAUCUAUCAUGAAAAUUAUACCCAAGAAGUUUGAUAUUGGUGAUAUUUUAGCCCAAAAAAUCGUUGAUAUUCACCCAGAUGAAACUCAACCGGAGCUUUAUGAUAAGUUAUCUAAAAUUGGAGCUAACUUAUUGAUAGAAACAAUUGAAAAUUUACCACACGUGCUCAAGUCUGCAAAACCACAAUCUGAAACAAAUGUUACUUAUGCGCCUAAAAUUACACGAAAACUUUCAUCAGUUAAUUGGAAUGAAUUGUCUGCGAAAAAUUUGUAUGACAUUCAACGAGCAUUAACAGGAAUAUAUCCAUUGAUUACAAAUUAUAAUGGUGAAAAAAUGAAAAUUUUUGGGAUAAAAUUACUUAAUAAUCCAUCAGACAAAUCAAUCACGUCACAAAUUACGCCAGGAUUAAUGAUGUUUGAUAAAAAAUUAAAUUUACUGAUAGUUCAAUGUAAAGAUGGCAAUUGGAUAUCUGUGGAACAAGUAUCACUGGCUAAUCGUAAAAAAAUGUCAGCGAAAGAAUUUUACAAUGGAUUUUUAUCAAGAAAAAAAAAUCGAGUAGUUUUAAAAUAUUCUAGCGAUUAGAAGUUGAACAAUAAA